AGAUAAUAGACGUUUACCACACUACCAGCCAAUAGCCCAUACUAAUUUUGGGUAGUUUUCAGAUUUUUGCAAUAAAAGCAUGGCUGCCGUGUUCCGUGUCGGCCUCGUGCGGUUCGUCUGCCGCGGUGCCACCCCCUCAACUUUGCUGCAGGCACAGACGAACGCACUGCCCUCCGCCUUCAUGCAAAAGUGCAACAUCUCCGGCAAGACAAUGCGCGGAGGUCCCCGCGUGCCCAAGGCAGCUCCCUAUCCGUACAAGACGAAGAAAUACACUGUCAUAAAUGCAUUCUUUGACAAGACCUCAAAACGCUUUGAUGAAAACUCGAAAGUCAUAUGCGUCGAGGGUCCGAUAGCGGCAGGCAAGACAAAGUUUGCCAAAGAGUUGGCUGAGGAGUUGGACAUGCAGUACUUUCCUGCUGUAGAUAUGGAUCUUGUGUAUAUCAACUCCUAUGGCUAUGAUUUGCGCAAACUCGAUCCCCAGCUACCUCCCAGCUGCCGUAGCUACGAUGUGCGUGAUUUUUGCUGUGAUCCCAAUCACGACUUGGCCGCCCAGUUCCAGAUACGCAUGUAUAUGCUGCGCUAUUCGCAGUACAUUGAUGCACUACAGCACGUACUGUCCACCGGCCAAGGCGUCGUGCUCGAGCGCAGUCCAUAUUCUGACUUUGUCUUCAUGGAGGCGAUGUUCCGUCAGGGCUACUUGUCUCGCGGCGCACGCUCUGUUUAUAACGAGGUGCGUCAGAACACUAUUGGUGAGCUGUUAAAGCCUCAUCUUGUUGUUUAUUUGGACCUACCCGUGGAUGCAGUACAGCGGCAGAUCAAGGCCCGCAAUGUAGACUACGAAGUGCAGUCGAAGGUGUUCAGCGAGGCUUAUCUCCGUGAUCUUGAAACGCUCUACAAGCAGCAAUUCCUCAAGGACAUUGCUUCUCAUGCUGAGCUUUUGAUUUACGAUUGGAGUGCUGGCGGCGAAACCGAGGUCGUGGUGGAGGAUAUCGAGCGCAUCGAUUUCGAGCAAUACGAGUCGGAUCCACACAACAAAAAGAUGCUGGAUUGGCGCUUCCCACUGGAGACCGAAUGGUGUGAGGCACGUAUCAAGUACUGCAAUGAGAAGCCCGACUUGAUGAACUACUUCAAUGUACCACGCUAUGAUGUGCCUGAGCUACUGCGUGGCGCCGAUGAAGGCAAAGUGUGGCGUGAUGUUUGGUUUAAUGCACCCGGUAUGAAAUAUCGCCCUGGUUACAACGAAGAUGUUGGCGAUACUGGCCUCUUGACCAAAACCAAGAUUGGUAUCAACGAGCCUGUCUAGGGUGUUGUACGUAGUCAGGAUGUUUGACGAAUUGUGUUAAUUAUCUAAUAAAAAAAACCAAUCUAGUAAAUUAA